AUUACAGAUAGAAGAAUCUUCUAAACCCGUAAGGCUAUCUCAGCAGCUGGACAAAGCCGUAACCACAAACUAUAAACCAGUGGCUAAUCACCAGUAUAAUAUUGAAUAUGAGAAGAAGAAGAAAGAAGAUGGAAAACGGGCUCGUGCUGAUAAACAACAAGUGCUGGACAUGCUUUUUUCAGCCUUUGAGAAACAUCAGUACUACAACAUUAAAGACCUGGUGGACAUAACCAAACAGCCAGUGAUAUACUUGAAGGAGAUUUUAAGAGAAAUAGGCAUCUACAACGUGAAGGGGACCCACAAAAACACAUGGGAGCUGAAGCCAGAAUACAGGCACUACCAAGGAGAAGACAAGAGUGAUUAA